AUGGCAUCAGAGGAUGUGAAGAGGACUGAAUCUGCAGCUGUUUCUACGAUUGUAAAUCUGGCGGAGGAAGCGAAGUUAGCGACAGAUGGAGUCAAAGCUCCGAGUUAUGCUAUUCUCAGUAUCUGCAAAUCUCUCUUCGCUGGUGGUGUCGCUGGUGGAGUGUCACGAACUGCAGUUGCACCUCUGGAAAGGAUGAAGAUAUUACUUCAGGUGCAAAAUCCGCAUAACAUAAAGUAUAAUGGGACAGUCCAAGGUUUGAAGUAUAUUUGGAGAACCGAGGGCCUUCGUGGAUUGUUCAAAGGAAAUGGCACCAACUGUGCUCGUAUUGUUCCAAAUUCCGCUGUGAAAUUUUUCAGCUAUGAGCAAGCUUCAGAGGGCAUACUGUACUUGUACCGGCAGCAGACAGGAAAUGAAAAUGCCCAACUCACUCCUCUUUUACGGCUUGGAGCUGGUGCAACUGCUGGAAUAAUAGCCAUGUCUGCAACAUACCCGAUGGAUAUGGUGCGUGGAAGGCUAACUGUUCAGACUGCAAACUCUCCUUAUCAAUAUAGAGGAAUUGCGCAUGCCUUGUCAACUGUCCUGCGAGAGGAAGGUCCACGGGCCUUGUACCGUGGUUGGCUUCCAUCGGUGAUUGGAGUUGUUCCAUAUGUGGGCUUGAACUUUGCGGUCUAUGAGUCUCUGAAGGACUGGCUAAUUAAAGACAAUCCAUUCGGUCUAGUAGAAAACUCUGAGCUGACCGUCAUAACGAGACUCUCUUGUGGUGCUGUAGCUGGAACAGUUGGUCAAACAAUUGCUUAUCCACUCGAUGUGAUUCGUAGGAGAAUGCAAAUGGUCGGGUGGAAAGAUGCUUCCUCUGUUGUUACAGGCGAGGGAGGAAGCAAGGCUUCGCUUGAAUACACCGGUAUGGUGGAUGCAUUCAGAAAAACCAUUCGCCAUGAAGGCUUUGGAGCAUUGUACAAGGGUUUGGUCCCCAACUCAGUGAAGGUUGUACCAUCGAUUGCGAUUGCGUUUGUGACAUACGAGAUGGUGAAAGAGGUUUUAGGAGUGGAAUUUAGGAUAUCAGACUGA